AUGGCUGAGAGGAAAAGGAACUGGAAUAAGGAAGACGACCUGCCUGUGUAUCUAGCCCGGCCCGGUACCACAGCACAGACCCCUCGCCAGAAAUAUGGGGGUAUGUUCGCCUCGGUGGAGGGCGCCUACGAGAACAAAACCAUCGACUUCGAUGCCUACAGCGUGGGCAGAAAGGGCUCCCGGACUCCCAGGAGCAGCAGCAGGCCCGACAUGAUGUUCUUGGGGGAGACUGGGGACAAUUUCAGCGAGACAGCCAGCGACGUGAGUGAAGUGUCCGGCUCUGUCAUCAGCUCUCCGGGAGACAGGGAUGACAAGACACCGGGAGUGGAAAUCCGAUACCCGAUGGGAAAGGAAAUGCUCCAGGGCCCGGACAAUGGGAAGAGUGACCGACUACUCAUUAAAGGAGGAAGAAUUAUCAAUGAUGACCAGUCCUUCUAUGCAGACCUCUACUUGGAAGAUGGACUUAUAAAACAAAUAGGAGAAAACUUAAUAGUUCCUGGUGGAGUGAAAACUAUUGAGGCCAAUGGGCGGAUGGUUAUCCCUGGAGGAAUUGAUGUCAACACAUACUUACAGAAGCCCUACCAGGGAAUGACCUCUGUUGAUGACUUCUACCAAGGCACCAAAGCAGCACUGGCAGGUGGCACUACCAUGAUCAUUGACCAUGUCCUCCCUGAGCCUGGUGCCAGUUUACUUGCCACCUUUGAAAAGUGGCAUGAGGCUGCUGACACCAAAUCCUGCUGCGAUUACUCUCUCCAUGUGGACAUCACCAGCUGGUAUGAUGGGAUCCGAGAAGAGCUGGAUAUGCUGGUGCAAGACAAAGGUGUUAAUUCUUUCCAAGUCUACAUGGCAUAUAAAGAUCUCUACCAGAUGUCUGACAGCCAGCUCUAUGAAGCAUUCACAUUCCUAAAAGGGCUUGGUGCAGUCAUUUUAGUCCAUGCUGAAAACGGAGAUUUGAUAGCUCAGGAACAAAAACGAAUCUUAGAAAUGGGAAUUACAGGACCUGAAGGACAUGCUCUGAGCAGACCUGAAGAGCUGGAAGCAGAAGCUGCUUUCCGAGCCAUCACCAUAGCCAGUCGAAUCAAUUGCCCCGUCUAUAUCACCAAGGUGAUGAGCAAGAGUGCUGCAGACAUAAUUACCCUGGCAAGGAAGAAAGGUCCUUUAGUUUUUGGAGAACCAAUUGCUGCAAGUCUAGGGACAGAUGGGACCCACUAUUGGAGCAAAAACUGGGCCAAGGCAGCAGCUUUUGUGACAUCCCCACCGCUGAGCCCAGAUCCCACAACUCCUGAUUACCUGAACUCUCUCUUAGCCUGUGGGGACCUUCAGGUGACAGGAAGUGGCCAUUGUCCAUACAGCACUGCCCAGAAGGCUGUUGGCAAGGACAAUUUCACCCUUAUUCCUGAAGGAGUGAAUGGGAUUGAGGAGAGAAUGACCGUUGUGUGGGACAAGGCUGUUGCUACAGGCAAAAUGGAUGAGAACCAGUUUGUGGCAGUCACCAGCACCAAUGCAGCCAAAAUAUUUAACCUGUAUCCAAGGAAGGGAAGAAUUGCUGUGGGCUCUGAUGCUGAUGUGGUUAUCUGGGAUCCUGACAAAAUGAAGACUAUUACUGCUAAGAAUCACAGAUCGGCUGUUGAGUACAACAUCUUUGAAGGAAUGGAAUGCCAUGGAUCCCCACUGGUGGUCAUUAGCCAAGGGAAGAUCGUAUUUGAAGAUGGAAAUCUACACAUCAAUAAGGGUAUGGGACGCUUCAUACCUCGCAAGCCUUUCCCGGAAUACCUCUACCAGCGUGUCAAAAUAAGGAAUAAGGUCGGUGCAUUGCAAGGAGUAUCAAGAGGAAUGUAUGAUGGGCCGGUCUAUGAUGUUCCAGCUACACCAAAAUAUGCAACUCCUGCUCCUUCUGCCAAAUCCUCUCCUUCCAAACACCAGCCUCCACCAAUCAGAAACCUCCACCAGUCCAAUUUCAGCUUAUCAGGGGCCCAGAUAGAUGACAACAACCCUCGCCGCACUGGCCAUCGCAUUGUGGCACCUCCUGGGGGCCGCUCCAACAUCACCAGCCUUGGCUGA